AUGGAGUGCGUUUCGCAUGACAGCCGAAGCACAAACGGCGCAAUAUGCACCAAGGAGUUAAGAAAUAGCAGUAGCAAUUACAAAUCGAUCGAUAUGCAUGCAUAUAAGAAUAAAUUCGAAAAAAGCCCCAACUGUGAGCAAAAUGGCCAAGCAGCAAUUAGGAAAAGUAACAAGAAGAAAGAAGAAAGGAAGAACCAAAUGAAUUACUGUACCGAUAAUGAUCAGGUUGACAAUUUUAAAGUGGUGCACACUUAUUCAGGUACCAGUCAGAAAAGCAAAAAAUUUGGGCGCACAAAGAAUUUUUCAAAAAAUAAAGCAGAUUUCAAUCAUUUCUUUUAUGAAGAGAAAUAUUCCAAUAGUAGUUAUGUGGAGAAAGGGAAACGCCCCGAUAGACAUUUUCCACAUGGGGGUUCGGGAAGUAAUAGGGGAUUUAACGACAAUCACCUGAGAAAAGGCACAUCAUUAGGAAAUUGCAGCAGUGGUAAUAAUAAUAUCGGGGUUCACAAUCCGGUUGAAUCGUUUGGGAAGAAUUAUUCAGGCUCAAGAAUGAAUUGGGCAAAUGGUGUAGAGGAAAAGUUCUUUAAACGGGUGGCGAGCAAUAACGAGAACAUAGUGCCAAAUGCGGGUAAAUCGAACCUGGGCAUGGUCGAUAGUAGAAGUAGGAGAAGAGGUGCAAACUCAGAAAAGCAGCCAUUUGUCUUUACGAACAGACGGGGGGCAAAUGGAAGUUAUAAUGAUCCAAAUGGCAGCAUGGUAGAGUGCCCUAACGACGAUGAUCAUGUCGUCGCGGAACAUUUAGGCGUGAGUGGAAGCAUGUGUUCUGACCUCUGUGGUGACGUUAUCGAUGGCGAAAGGAACAGCCACAAGGGUGAUUUCCCCAACGAGGAAAUCCCCUCCAGCAAGAAAAACAGCUUCCUGCGAAAGAGUAAAUCCCUGAAAAGAAAUAACAUUUACGAGGGAGAGGAAGACGACAGGGGGGUGGUAUCCAUCAUGAAUAGGGACACCCCGGAAGGUACAGACUACACGAAUGUAGGGAAAAAAGCUUGUUCUAAUAACGAAUUAAAAUUUAAAGAGAAAAAAAAAGAUGAAGCAAUCUGCACAAGUAGGGAAGGGAAUUACGAUUUUAAGAGCGCCCUGAAUGUCCAAUUCUCGAAGACAAAAAUGUGCCCAUAUAUGAACACCAAAGAAAAGUGCAAACGGUUUUUAAAUAAUAUGUGCCCCUAUGCACACGACGAAAGUGAGUUAAAGCCAUUUCCUGAUUUGUAUAAAACAGCCAUGUGUCGUAACUACAUGAAAAAUUUAUGUAGUAAGUCGAAGAUUGAGUGUAAUUUCGCACAUAAUGUGGAGGAGCUCAGAUCCACGGAUGAGUUUUACAAAACGACGUUGUGCAAGUUUUUCCUCAACGGGUACUGCAAGGCGGACACGAACUGCAGGCACGCGCAUGGGCACAAGGAGCUGAAGUGUAAGGAGGCCAAGGGUAGUGAAGCAAAGUGUAGUGAAACGGAACGUAAAGAGGUGAACUGUGAAGGUAUGUACUGCGAGAGCGACAGGGUGUGCACGGAGAAGGCGAAUAACAAUGACGACGGAGAGCAUUCACACCAGCCUGGUGAAAGGGAACUGGGGGAAACUCUUCCAAACGGGGAAACAAUGAACCAGUUCAAGUCGUCGGAAAGCUGCUCCCUCAGCGAGGGGAAGGAGGUAAAGAUUGUAAGAGAAGGGGAAGACGUUGCAGAGGAGGAUCUCUUUCCCGAGGAUGAUAUUGAAGUGGACGUUAUCACUGUGGAAGGAAAACGCAUAUCAAACACACGCGAUAGGAAAAAAAAUGAUAGCAAAAAGAAGAAGGACAUAUUCUACAACGCAUCACGCAAACUCAUGUCCAUUAGCACGAAGGAUACGUGUUGCUUUCUGUCCAAUGGGCUGUCCAAAAAUAUGGAAUCGUCCGAAAAUUUGGAUGAUGAAAAUAAGAGUGUAAGGACGAAUGAAGAUUCGACUCUCGCCCAUAGUAGUGGGGACUCCAAGGUAAAAAGUUCGGACAGCGCAAAUAGCUAUUUUAAAGGGGAUCCCCAAGCUGAGUAUCCAUUCAAGUCUAACGAAACGAUUUACCGAAUUGAGGUAAAGGAUGAGGAAGGUAACCCCUCCUGUGACGCAAGUGGGAGGGAAGCCAAAAACGGAGGUGACACCGAGCAAGGGUGCAAUUCGGUGGAUCAUAAUGAGGACGUGACCUCAAUUGGACACUUUGGAGAAAGCCAUAAUACAACUGAUGCAAAACAGGAAAGAGAUAAUAAUAACAAAUUCACAUAUUCAAAUUCGCGCAGGGGUAGUAACGUAACACUGAAUGGAAGUUUAGCUUUGAAAAAAGAGGGCAGGAAGAUCUUUAACGACGAUAAUGCGUAUGCACAUAGGAAUAAAGUGAACGUCGGUGGGGGUAAAGGUUCGAACGAAGCGACCAUUCAUCCAAAAAUGGAGAGGAACAAAAAUGGAAGGGGCUACAUGAACCCUAAUUUUACCCCCAUGGGUAGUAAAAGUGGCACAAGGAAUUUUCAGGACAAAAUGGGGAACGGAAAAUUCAGUCGAAAUGUGCAAGUUAAUACGAUCGGUGUGAACGAUGAAAUGCGCCCCCAAGGUGAGAUGCACUUUGGCAGAUUGUGUGAGAAUGGCAUGUAUGGUUAUGAUGGAGCCGUGGGACACAGUGGGUAUGUGCAGGACAGGGGGGAGAAUUACACAUGGGGGGAUAAAGCCGGGGAGAACCACGCCGGUGAAUACAAUAGGGGCGGUUAUCGAAGCAGGGCAUUUAAUAAUACCGACAGGGGCAAUAGCAACUUCCACAGCGGGAGUAACAACAACUUUAACGGAGCCUUUGGUAACAGCGCCGAUAACUACGGCAGCAGCGUGAGUAAACAUUAUGGAAAUGGGAAAAGGGCGAAUGGAGGCACGACAAGAUAUGGUGAGAACAUGAGCAGUACGGACAGUAGCAAUAAUGGAGUGGCGAAUGGGGGCCUUGAGGAUAACGCCAUGGGGAGUGGUGACUUCGCAAGCAACCUGGUCAAUAGGAACAUGGUGAAGAAAAACUUCAGGAGUAACAACCCAAGGAACACCGCCCGAAAUGUGAGAAACAGCACGAGAAACAAUAUGCAGAGUGGCAGCAUGGCGAAUUAUGGUGCAUACCCUAACGACGUUGUGGAGAAUAAUAUGCGCACCGUGCAUUGCGAAAAUGGGAACACCUACAACAACAAUUUCAGUUGCUACGGUGUCAGCGAGGGGGAUGCAAAUGGUUACAUGGGCGUGAAUAAUUUUCCCUACAAGAAUGUGACCCAGGGCAGCAAUUGCAAUGUUGUUGGUAGAACACCCAACAAGAUUGACCAUACCAAUUAUGGCGAUCACUAUGGAAACGUUGGUAGCGGUCCAGUCGGCAACAACAACAACCCGUACCAUCCACAGGAGUAUGCUUCACCCAUCUGCAACAAUAUAAUGAAGCAGAGUAAAAAUUAUAGAGGUAAGAAAAAGGGUGUGCAAAAUAACCUGUCAUACGAAAUGAGCAACAAUGGAAACUUUGAAAACAGUAGCGGGUAUGAUCGUAAUGGAAACAUAUAUGAUCGGGGUGGUAUGAAGAGGGACGGGAAUUACAACGCUCAUGGGUAUAACCACAGUGGUACGAUAGGCAGUAUGAAUAAUGACCACGUUGAUGGGAACAUGUAUGGUCAUAUGUUCAUGAAUAAUGGUCCAAGGAACAACCACCAUGGAAGUGUCAAUAACAUCUACGGCAGUGGCAAUGGGAAUAAUUAUUACCCCUACGGCUACAAUACUAGUGAGACGCAUGUAAUGAACACCCCCUUUGAGAACAGUGCAGAUGUGCGCAACGGAGGCAUGGAACAGAGUGUGCACAGUGGCCACAUGUACAAUACGGUGCGUUCGUAUGGGUUUACAGAUGGACAGAGCGGCACACAUGACGGAAUGCAAAACGACACACAUCGAUCCUUUAGACAAAUGGACAAAAAAGUCCAUAGCGGCAAUAACGACCAUGUGCAUGGAAGCAGAAAUAGGAAGUAUCUUAUGAGUAACAAUGCUUAUAAGGAGACGUACAGGAGUGGUGGCGAAAAUUAUAGUCACGCUGUUAACCGGGCGGAUGGAGCGAACUUGGGUCAACCCUUUGCAUGCGACCCUGGUGUGCAUGAUCAAGGCAGCCUGGAAGGUGGCAGCUUCUUAUGGAGGAAGCCAAGGGGUUGCCCCUCGAAUAGGUUAAAAAAUGGACACAUGGAAGAAGCAGCGGAACGGAGAAGAAAUAAUUAUGAUGGAACCAAUUUAGGCACAAAUAAAUCGGACCACAUGGACAAGAGGGAAAGGGAAAAUAGGAAGGAGGGUCGUACUGAAGAACAAGGCGAAAACGACAUGAAUGGCACUGCAUACUGCACCAACUUUAAAGCGAAAGAUGACAUGAGCAAGUCAGAACGAAGCGCGUAUUUGCAAAAUAAUAAUCGUGGUCACAGCAAAGAGUGCAAUACACGCCGAAACCGAAAUGGAAGCAAAAAUGGAGGGAGAAAUGAUAACGUGGUGAUGCACAAUUUACAUGACAACAUGAAUCAGAGCACAUGGAGGACACUCGCUGCGUGCAUAAGCCCCGUGAACGGACCAGCGGAUCAGCCAUCAUUAUGCGAAGAUGGACAAGUGGAAAGUUCCACCCUAGAAAAAAUGAAACCAAAGAAUUAUGAUUCAACGGGUGAAAAUUUCAAAAGGAGUAACUUAAAAGGUAGGAGUCCACGAAGAAGGGGAUCGCGAAGUAGGAGAGCACAACAUGGGGAACACCAAAAUAAGGGCGAGCACACUGGAAAGCAGCAAAACAGAGGAGGGAAAAAUCAGGAAGAGUUACACACAGAGUUACAAAUAGCUGACCAUCAGAGUAAAAAUGGUAUGCUUAACCAGGAUGACAGAAUUGAAAAUUUUCUAAUUGAUGAAGAACCCCAAACGUGUGUGUCUUGCUAUCAGUACAUUACAGAUCCGACACCGGGGGAUAUUACACCAACAAAUCCAUGCUGUUUAAAAUGUGGACAGAUAAUAAAAAAAUCGCUCUCUUUGAUGAUCAUAGAGUUACUGCAGCCACAGGUGCAACACCUACUUUCGGAUGUCAACUUUUACGUGCAAAAUUAUCACGACUGA